AACAAAUUAUAAUCAACAAAUCUUUUUUCAAAAACAAAUUAAAUUAAAAAGGAAACAACCAUGGCUGCUACAGCAGCAGCAACCGCAUCAUCUUCAUCAUCGAAUCUCCUCCUCAUCUCAAGUUCCCGCUCGCUCUCGCGCCUCUCUCCCUUUCAACUCCGACUAUUUCACUCCAAAGCUCUGGUUUCUUGUCCCAUCAAGAGAAGACAUGUUGGUGGGAGUGUACAGUGCAUGGCUCUUGAGACGGCAUCUGAGACCGAGACCAAGAAGAAGAGUAAGUUUGAGAUUCAGACGCUCACGAAUUGGUUGUUGAAGCAGGAGCAGGCGGGGGUGAUUGAUGCAGAAUUAACCAUUGUGAUUUCAAGCAUUUCAAUGGCGUGCAAGCAGAUUGCUUCUUUGGUUCAAAGGGCUGGCAUCUCUAACUUGACUGGUGUUCAAGGAGCUGUCAAUGUUCAAGGAGAGGAUCAGAAGAAGCUUGAUGUUGUUUCCAAUGAGGUAUUCUCAAACUGCCUGAGAUCAAGUGGAAGAACAGGGAUUAUAGCAUCAGAGGAAGAAGACGUACCAGUUGCAGUAGAAGAGAGCUAUUCCGGGAACUAUAUUGUAGUGUUUGACCCACUUGAUGGAUCAUCCAACAUCGAUGCUGCAGUCUCAACUGGAUCCAUCUUCGGCAUAUACAGUCCCAAUGACGAGUGCCUCGCCGAUAUCAGUGAUGACUCUACUCUGGGCCAAACGGAACAGAGGUGCGUAGUGAGCGUAUGCCAGCCAGGAAGCAACCUACUAGCUGCUGGGUAUUGCAUGUACUCAAGCUCUGUCAUCUUUGUGCUUACAUUAGGACAAGGAGUGUUUGCUUUUACUCUAGAUCCCAUGUAUGGAGAAUUCGUUUUGACCCAAGAAAAUAUCCAGAUACCAAAAGCAGGAAAAAUUUAUGCAUUUAAUGAAGGGAAUUACCAAUUGUGGGAUGAUAAAUUAAAGAAGUACAUCGAUGAUCUUAAGGACCCAGGUCCUAGUGGCAAGCCCUACUCGGCUCGUUACAUCGGUAGCCUGGUCGGUGACUUCCAUCGGACUUUGCUGUACGGCGGCAUCUAUGGCUACCCAAGAGAUAAGAAAAGCAAAAAUGGGAAGCUGAGGCUCUUGUACGAAUGUGCACCCAUGAGCUUUAUAGUGGAGCAAGCUGGAGGAAAAGGGUCUGAUGGACAUCAGAGAAUACUUGACAUUACACCUGUUGAGAUUCAUCAACGUGUUCCUCUGUAUAUUGGAAGCCAGGAGGAGGUGGAGAAAUUAGAGAAGUAUUUGGCUUGAAUGGUAUUGUGAUGGAAAA